UUCUCCCAUUAUCGAACCGCCCGUUCGUCGUCGGAUGAUGACGAUGCUGCCGCUGCUUCCGGCUGCUGCGUCCUCCUCUUCUUUCUCCUCUCUCAACCUUCUCCGUCGAAACCCUAACCGGUCUAGGGUUCCUCCCAGGGCUCUUCAAUGCAGUUCUUAUCCGGAUCUGGACCCGGAGUCGCCUCCUCCUCGUGGUGAGAUUAGAGUCAACCAUGCCGGGGUGCGGCUGGAAGAGAGGAUCGAGGUCGGAGCGGAGAAGACGAGGAUCGAUUCCUGGAUCUCCUCUCGGAUUCGAGGGGUCAGUCGAGCUCGGAUUCAGUCGAGCAUCCGCUCCGGCCUCGUCGCCGUCAAUGGCCGAACCGUUAACAAGGUUUCCCAUAUUAUCAAAGGAGGGGACAUGGUUAGCUGCAUGAUCUCCAAGUUGCAACCUUUGAAGGCUGAACCAGAAGAUAUGCCUUUGGAUAUUGUAUAUGAAGAUGAGCAUGUUCUCGUUGUCAACAAACCUGCACAUAUGGUUGUUCACCCAGCCCCUGGAAAUGCUAAUGGGACACUAGUAAAUGCUAUUCUUCACCACUGUAGGCUUCCAAUAAGAGCAUUUGCAAACAAUAUCCAAAUUUCUGACACUGAGGAAUGUUCUGAAUCAUCUGACAGUGACACUGAAGAAGUUUGUGCUGAUCAGUCUUCCAUGGAAGAAGUGGGCGUAGAAAAUUAUGAGGCUCUUGUUCGUCCUGGUAUUGUGCACAGAUUGGACAAGGGGACAAGUGGACUUCUUGUUGUAGCCAAGGAUGACCAUUCCCAUGCCCACCUAGCUGAGCAGUUCAAAAAACAUACAAUCCAUAGAGUAUACAUGAGUCUUACUUCUGGAGUUCCUAAUCCAAGUUAUGGAAGGAUAGAAAUACCCAUAGCUCGUGAUUCUAACAACAGGAUUCGGAUGGUUGCUGUUUCUGGUUUGAAUAACAGUAGACAUGCUCGCUAUGCUGCUAGUAGGUACAAGGUAAUCGAGGAUUUCAUGGGUGGUGGGGCAGCUCUGGUGCAGUGGAGACUGGAAACAGGUCGCACUCAUCAGAUCCGUGCGCAUGCAAAGUACCUUGGAAUUCCCCUGUUGGGCGACGAAGUGUAUGGAGGUACGAAAGACAUGGCUCUGUCACUUCUCAGACCAAGAACUCCUCCAACUUACCAUGGCCACCUCUCAAACAUAAUAUCGAAAUUGCAAAGGCCAUGCCUCCAUGCUUUUUCAAUAGGAUUUAAGCAUCCUCACACAGGUGAAUUCCUACAAUUUUCAUGCCCGCCACCUGAUGAUUUUUCCAAGGUAUUGGAUCAGCUCCGAUCUAUAUCUGACUGUUGUGCAAAGAUUUAGGAGAUGGAAGCGGACCAGGUGUGUGACAGCAUGAGAACUUGAUCACUAUAUCAGAAUAAUGUGGUGGUUACUUAAUGCAAUUGUAGAACAGUUGUGAUAGUAUUUGCUACAGUCUCAAACUAACUUUAAUUCCAUACUAGAAUUGGAUUGUGAGGAGUGAGCCCGAGGCAUCAAUAUGACAUUUGGAUGACAAUAUAACCCCAACACACAAGUUGUUUAAGUUGUUGGCCAACAUCAAUAUAUUUGGUUUGAUGGUCUUGCAA